AUGCACAAGGUGCCGAUGCUUGCCUUGCUUUGGCUGGACGUUGCGGCAAUUCACCAAGAACGACCCGAGCUUUUGCGGAAGGCUGAAUUUGUUGGUUUGAAAAGCAUUGAAGUUGGGUAUGGUGGCGUGGUUGGGAGAACCAGGAGCUCGCAAGCCGUAGGACCAGCUGGGCCUCAGGGGGAUAGCGGAGAUAGAGGUGACCCUGGCCAACCUGGGCCGCCUGGCCCCAAAGGACAGCAAGGGGACAAAGGUGCUCAGGGCGAACAGGGCGAUGCCGGAGAAGCUGGUGAAGCACCAGAGACUCCAACAGUUCCACCAGGAGUGGCCAAAACGACCAUGGUGGGCAUUGCAUUCGCCCUUCAUUUAGCAGUUCUGGGAGCAGUUUUCGCAGCUAUCAGCGGGAAGGUGAGUGGGAAGCCAAAAGCUCCUAGAAAGGGAAACGAAGAAGAAGAAGGAGCAGAAAAUCCAGAAGGCGAAGAAUAUGCUGAAGAGGCUACGGUUGAGGAGAUGCCAGAAGAGGUAGAGGAGCAAGAAGAGCAAGCAAGCUGA